CAUACUUUUAUUUACCCUGUUUAUGAAACGAAGCAAAAGCAAAAAUAUAGAAGAUCAUAUUCAUAACUAGGGCGAAGUCCCCACAACACUAAGAGAAUUCGUAACCCAAUACGAUUUUCCCUUUCAGACACUACUCUCUUUGCCGCUUCCAGCUUCGGCUGACUUCGUUCAUCAUCUUCAGGAUAAUUUAAAAUGACAGAGCCUUCUAAAGUCAUUCACGUUCGGAAUGUUGGUCACGAGAUUUCGGAGCCUGAUCUACUUCAACUAUUCCAACCUUUUGGAGUCAUCAACAAACUAGUUAUGCUUCGUGCAAAAAACCAGGCUCUCCUUCAAAUGCAAGAUGUCCCUUCAGCUGUGAAUGCAAUGCAAUUUUAUGCCAAUGUUCAACCAAGCAUAAGGGGUAGAAAUGUGUAUGUUCAGUUUUCAUCUCACCAAGAGCUAACCACAAUGGAGCAAAAUACUCAAGGGCGUGGAGACGAGCCUAACCGUAUACUCCUGGUUACAAUCCAUCACAUGCUCUACCCUAUUACUGUGGAAGUCCUGCAGCAAGUCUUUUCUCCUCAUGGAUAUGUCGAGAAAAUCGUCACUUUUCAAAAGUCAGCUGGUUUUCAAGCACUUAUUCAGUUUCAAUCACGCCAGAGUGCUAUAUCUGCAAGAAAUUCCCUUCAGGGGCGUAAUAUUUAUGAUGGUUGUUGUCAACUAGAUAUUCAAUUCUCAAAUCUUGACGAGUUGCAAGUGAACUACAAUAAUGAUCGGUCUAGAGACUUCACAAACCCAUCACUGCCUUCAGAACAAAAGGGCAGACCUUCUUCUCAACCUGGAUAUGGAGACGCAGGAGGUAUGUACAGUUUACAAGGUCAUGAAGUUGGAUUUCCACAGAUGAACAAUGGCGCAGCAAUUGCAGCUGCAUUUGGAGGAGGGUUGCCUCCUGGAAUUAGUGGGACUAAUGACAGAUGCACUGUUCUUGCAUCUAAUCUAAAUCCUGAUAGGAUAGAUGAAAACAAACUGUUCAACUUGUUUUCUUUAUAUGGAAACAUUGCCCGAAUCAAGCUUCUUCGCAAUAAACCAGAUCACGCCCUUAUCCAAAUGGGUGAUGGCUUUCAGUCUGAAUUAGCAGUACACUUUUUAAAGGGGGCAACAUUAUUUGGAAAGAGAUUGGAGGUUAAUUAUUCAAAACAUCCACACAUCACAAUGGGUGCUGAAACGCAUGAGUAUUUAAACUCAAAUCUUAACCGAUUUAACCGUAAUGCUGCUAAAAACUAUCGUUACUGUUGCUCGCCAACCAAAAUGAUCCACCUGUCCACCCUACCACAGGACAUAACAGAGGAGGAGAUUGUGGCCCACCUUGAAGAACAUGGGAGCAUCAUCAACACUAAGCUUUUUGAAAUGAAUGCUAAAAAACAGGCUCUUGUUUUGUUUGAAAAUGAAGAACAGGCCACUGAAGCUCUUGUGUGUAAGCAUGCAAGUAGCCUUGGUGAUUCCAUGAUUCGGAUCUCAUUUUCUCAGUUGCAGACCAUUUGAAGGGUUAUUACGUCUUGUCUUUUACCACUCGUGGUGAAUUUGGUGAUAUCAAGUUUUUAUUAUAACUCUGUUUGCUUUAGUGUGUGUGUGUGUGUGUAUUCUUGUUGCUUAUUAAUACUACUCUCUUUGUGGUUUUAGAUGGUUGUAUUAUUUAUUUCUGUUUUUUGCAAUGUUAUUUUGCAGAAUAGAAACUAGAAAAACCUAUGUAGUUUCCAUUUGCCAUUAUCUUUGUGUGAACUAUGUGGUUUCAAGACCAAUAAGUUUGAUUGAAUCCACUUAAAUUGUUCAAUUUAGAA